AUGGAGCUACCCACGAAUCCAUCCGGCAUCAUUGACCCGGAGGCUGUCACUACAGCUCCCGCGGAGUUGCCGUCCGUUCAAACACCACCGUCAUCAAUGGCCGAUUUUUCGUGUAUAUGUUUUGGAUAUGGCUCUAAUCUGUCGCCACGGACGAUGAAGCAACGAUGUCCCGACUCCCUCUUCAUAGGGCUCGCCGAACUGAAGGACUGGAAAUGGAUCAUCAACGAAACCGGAUAUGCAAACAUAACACCGUCUCCGGGAGACGUCGUGUAUGGAAGUCUAUGCUUCCUCAGCAAGAGAGAUGAGAUAGCACUAGAUGAAAGCGAGGGGGUGCCCUGGUUGUACGAAAAAUUGACACUGGUUGUGCGACGGCUUCUAAAUGAUGUUGAAAAGUCUUCUGACUGGGCGGCCGGUGAAGAAAUACAAGUCCAAGCCGCGACCUAUGUGGAUGUACAGCGGACGACGGUCGGCAAGAUUGAACGCGAGUACGUUGUCUGGGUCAAGUAG